CGGGUGAGAGCUAUGGCGGCAUCGCUCCAGCCACCCGGGAACCGGCUUUUACGAACUUAUGGGGCCGCGGGCGGCGGGGGGCCGCGGUGGCGGUCGGGCCGCGCUGGCGCACAGUGGUUCGCGCCUCAAGACCCAAAGCGUGUCUUCAGCAGCACCAGUAGCAGCGACGACCCCUCGCAGUCUGUCUCUUCCGACGAUUCUGAAGACCCCGACUUCUCCUGCAGCCAGGUGGGUCAGCGGCCGAGGCGAGCUGGCGGUCGAAUCUCCAAGGCCCGGCCGAGCCUGAUGGUGACCCCAAGACGCCUGAGGCUGCGAGCUCGGCCCCCGCGGAAAUGCAGCACCCCCUGCAACUCACUCGAAUCGCCGUCCUUCCCCAGCAGCAGCCCGGGCCGCCUCAGCCCGGGCCUCAGUGUGUGCAGCCAGCCCGGGGACGGCGGCGAGCUGGGCACCAGCGCCUCCCUGUUUAGCUUACCGGCCUCUCCGGCCCCCUGCCUGGGGUCCCCAGCGCCAGGAGACAGUGUCAUCGGUACUGGCCCCUCCGCCUCUCUGGAACCCACCUCUGUGGACCACGCACCUCAUUCCUGCUCCCAGGAGCCAGCAACGGGAGGAGGCAGGUUCACCAGGUUGGCCCACCAAGCUCGUGCCACCCUCAGGUCAGCUCCCUUUAGCCUUGGGGACUCAGGAAACCCUGAGGAUUCUGACUUUAGCACCGAUGGGAAGAAUAUGAGGGAGCCCUGCUGUGAAAGGGAACUGAUGGGGAAGAUGCUGGAGAGCCCAGGUUUGUCAAGCAUCCGAAAGAAGAGGGCCACAGGCCAGGAUUCCUGUCAAGAGAUUGGGGCUCAAGGGGCUGUCCAGACAGAAUAUGAGGAGGCUAACGGUUGCAAGGGCUGUACUGUAUCUGGGAAAAUCAACAGGCGUGAGAGAACUGGGCCAAGCCAGAAAAGGAGACAUCAGAAGGCAGUAGAAACCUCCCUCCUCCAUUACCACCAGUUUAAAAAGGGCGAAAAGAUGGGAAGAGAUUCAUUUCUAAUCCAGGACCUGACUCAUUUACAGAAUGACUGCUCUUGGACCAAAGCCAGGGCUUCCUUCAGUUUCCACAAGAAGAAGAUCGUGACUGCUGUGUCAGAAGUGUGCAGCAGCUAUGCCGCUGCCAGUUCUCCCUCUGGGUCCCUUGUAUCAGAAUAUUCAAACCCUCCUGUCAUGAAUGGAACAAACAGUGCUCAGUCCCCUUGGCACUCUUCUUCCAUGUACUUGCUAAGCCCCUUAAAGACCCUACAUGUCGCGGACCAAAAGGCAUCUGAUGCUGAAAAGGUUUAUAGGGAAUGCAACCAGGAGGGUCCUGUCCCCUUUAGCUCUUGCCUUUCCACGGAAAAACUGGAAUGCUGUGAGAAGAUUGGGGAAGGAGUGUUCGGUGAAGUGUUUCGAACAAUUGCUAAUUGUACACCUGUAGCCCUAAAAAUCAUUGCUAUUGAAGGGCCAGAUUUAAUCAAUGGAGCCCAUCAGAAAACUUUUGAGGAAAUCCUUCCGGAGAUCAUCAUCUCCAAAGAGUUGAGCCUCUUGUCUGAUGAGGUAUGCAACCGCACAGAAGGCUUUAUUGGGCUGAACUCAGUGCACUGUGUUCAAGGACCUUACCCUCCCUUGCUCCUCAAAGCCUGGGAUCACUAUAACUCAACCAAAGGGUCUGCAAAUGACCGGCCUGACUUUUUUAAGGAAGACCAGCUCUUCAUUGUGCUCGAAUUUGAGUUUGGAGGGAUUGACUUAGAGCAAAUGAGAAAGCAGUUGUCCUCCAUAGCUACUGCAAAGAGCAUUCUACACCAGAUCACCGCAUCCCUCGCCGUGGCAGAGGCAUCACUGCACUUUGAGCACCGAGACUUACACUGGGGGAAUGUGCUCUUAAAGAAAACCAGCCUCAAAGAAGUCCACUACACCCUCAACGGGAAGACAGGUACCAUCCCCACCCGUGGGGUGCAAGUCAACAUCAUUGACUACACCCUGUCACGUUUGGAGCGGGAUGGGAUCGUGGUUUUCUGUGACAUCUCCAUGGAUGAGGACCUGUUUACAGGUGAAGGUGACUACCAGUUUGAGAUCUACAGGCUAAUGAGGAAGGAGAGCAGCAACCGCUGGGGCGAGUAUCACCCAUAUAGUAACGUGCUCUGGCUACAUUACCUCACAGAUAAGGUUCUGAAAGAAAUGACCUUCAAGACUAAAUGUAACACGCCUGCCAUGAAGCAAACGAAGAAAAAGAUCCUGCAUUUCCAUAGGACAAUGCUGAACUUCAGCUCUGCCACUGACCUGCUCUGCCGGCACAGUCUAUUUAAGUAAGUCAGAGGUGCCUUACCCACCCCAAAUGCAAAGGCCGCUGGCCUUGAAAAAGCCCCUAGUGCGGUUUUCAGUCUCUAUCCCCAGAGGAGGGUGAAAUUCCCAUUCUAAUCAGCUUUUCAAACAAGAAUUUUGUUUCCAAGUGGAAACAGAAAUAUUUGUGGAAAUAUUUAAACAAGUGUUCUAUGAAAAUAAACUACACAUGACAGCAAGUGUUUACAAACUAUAAGCCCUCUUUCUGUCAGCAGAGUCUAUUCUAUGGGUUUCUUUCCAUAGUUUCGUUUUUGAGCCUUGACACUUUAUAUAGCCUAGGGGGGGAAAAAGUCAGGAAAGCCCAAGGCCUCAGCGCUGUCAUACUGAUCAGAGCUUAUAGGUAUCAUCAGGCU